UCGGUCCUUGUUCCUUGUUCCCUGUCCAACCAUGCAGCCGUCCCUGCAGGAGCAGCAGCAGCAGCAGCAGGCCGUCAACAUCUCCAACAUCUCCACCACACCACCGGUGCCGGUGGUCUCCCUGGAGAUCCAGCUGACCAGCGUCCUGCUGGGGCUGUGCUGUGCCGUGGGCCUGCCCGGCAACGCCAUGGUGCUGAACAUCCUCUGGGAGAAGGUGCACACAGGCUGCUUCACCCUGUGUGUCAUGCUGAACCUGGCCAUAUCCGACCUUUUGACCCUGCUCACCUUGCCUCUGUGGAUCUACACCUUGCUGCACGGCUUCAGCUUCGGCCAGGUGACGUGCAAGCUGCUGUCCUACAUGGUCUACUGCAGCCUGUACACCAGCGUGCUGUGCGUCACCCUGCUGUGCGUGCAGCGCUACGUCCAGGUGCUCCACCCGCAGAGCUGGAGCAAGCUCACCGCCUCCAGCAGGAGGAUCCUGGUGGCCACCGUCUGGGUUCUCGGCGCCGUGACGUCGUGCCACGCUCUGGUGCAAAGGGAGGUGCGUUUGGGGGAGAAGGACGGGUUGCUGCACUGCCUGCCGCGGUACCGGUCGGUCGGGGAGGAGGUGGCUACCCUGCUGGUGGAGAGUCUGCUGCUGUUCGUGCUGCCCUUCUCCGUGCUGGCCUCACUGUACGUCACCUUACACAGGAGGGUGAAGCAGGCCGUGGGCGCGGGCCACAGGCGGAUGAAGCGGCUGGUGAUCAGCAUCAUCGUGGUCUUCUUCAUCUUCUCCAUCCCCGUUCACCUCAACAACUUCCUGACCAUCAUGGCGGUGUCUCUGGGCUCCCCGAGCCUCCUGCGGAUCACCAAGGUCACUGGAGGGGUUACCGGGGCGAUGACCUUCCUCAACAGCUGUGUGAACCCCCUGCUCUACGCCUUCUCCCACCGCGCCCUGAGACGCAGCUCCGUAGUAAAACUGCCGAGUUUUGGUCCCCAAGCAAACAGCGCGUUAGAGGCAAGUAGUAGCGGUAAUACUUUAUGUAAGCAGUAAAUAUUGAUAUUUAGUUUAAAAAGGUGCACUCUUGGGUGUAAUUCUUGUAGUUUAAUCUAGGGUUAGCAUAACAGACAGACGUUUCAGCCUAAGCCUUCUUCCUUGCGGCUUUUUCAUUAAAUAUGAACUUUGCUGUUUGCUGGCAUCCGAAGACCUUAUGAGAAAUAGUUGGGAGUUGAGCGCACUUUCUUAAAAAAAUCUGUAAAUGUUGUUCACCUAAAAAUGAACAAAUGAAGCCUAUGUGGACUUGGUGAUUUUGGCCAGUGGCCAGUAAUCAUUAAUACAGUAGCUGUCCAUUACAUAGUUCUACUUACUUUGUU